AUGACGCUUAAACUUCAGCGCCUGAAAAGAGAGAUACGAGUGUGGUCAUGUCUGAGCCACCCCAAUUUAGUUCCGCUCCUCGGCUAUGUAGAUGGUGACAAUGGCCUUGGUUUCGUUUCUCCAUGGUAUCCAGAAGGGAACGUUAUCAACUUCAUUAAGAAACAUCCUAGUGCAAGCAGAGACAUAAUCUGUAUCGACGUAGCUUCGGGACUAGAAUAUCUUCAUUCACGGAACCCACCGAUUGUACAUGGUGAUAUCAAGGGACAAAAUAUUCUGAUCGCUUCGGAUGGACGUGCUUCGAUCUGUGAUUUCGGCCUAUCGAGGAUCUUGGACGAUAAUCCUACUGGAUUUACAUCUACUGUGGUUGGAAUGACCCUUCGCUUCUCAGCGCCUGAAUUACUGGAUGGGGGUGAGAAGACAAUGGAAACUGAUGUUUACGCUUAUGGGUGCACUUGCAUCGAGAUAUUGCUAGGGAAACCACCGUAUGAAGAUAUCCGCAGCGACAUGGCCCUGAUGAAGGCGGUUGCAAGUGGCACGCCCCCUAUCUCUCAUGAACAGCUCAAGGAGUGUGACUCAUGCCUCCCGCUUCAUAUUUUAAACCAAUGUUGGAGUAGUGGACCACGCGAGCGACCAGGGACUGAGGAGUUGGCAAAGACGUUUAGGGAUGCGUUUGGCUUGUGA